CAAAUCUACAGUUCGCUCUUUCAAGUAUAAAUAUAGAUUGUUAACUAAAUCGCCGAAGUAUUCGAAAUGUUGAAAUCUGGACUCUUAGUGGUUGUCCUUUCGAUUUCGGUCGUAAAUAUAACUCGUGUAAGCGGUGCCAAAAGAUGUCCCUCUGGCAGAGAAGAAGGAAUUUACAAAAUAAAUAGGACUGGAAUGGAUUUAUUCGAGGUCCCCUGCAAUAGAGAUGGCUGGAUGAUCAUACAAAGGCGUCAGGACGGAUCUGUGGACUUUAAUCGAACUUGGCAGGAUUAUAAGAAUGGAUUUGGCAAUUUAAAAGGAGAAUUUUUCUUAGGACUGGAGAAACUGCAUCAACUAACUAAGAAACCACAGGAACUCUACGUUAAGCUUGUUGAUUUCCAGGGAAAUUCUAGAUACGCUACAUUCGAUAAUUUUGAAGUAGGCAGCGAAGAAGAGUUAUAUGUACUUAAAUCCGUGGGGUCAUAUUAUGGAAACGCUGGAGAUGCUCUAAGUAGCCAUGUAAAUAAAAAGUUCUCCACAGCUGAAAGGGAUAAUGACAACUCGGUUAUAAAUUGCGCUUCAUACAACAGUGGCGGUUGGUGGUUUGACGAUUGUUUAGAAAGUUCACUUAAUGGAAAAUACAUUAAAAGUCACAAUCGCCAACACAAUAGGGGUAUACAUUGGACGCCAUGGCACAACUACUACAACUCACUUGCCUUUGUGGAAAUGAUGAUCCGUCCCAAGUACUAUUAUUUAUAA